AUGAAGUCACAAAUUAUUAAUUCUUUAACGGCACUAUUUAAUAACGAAUUGAAAGAAAACUUACUAAAAUCAAGAAACAAAGAAGAGAUUACUAAUACCGUUUCGAAUCUUAUUAAAAACAAUAUAAAAGCUAUAACAUCAAAUACAUACAAAGUCGUCAUUGAGAUACUUCUUAACGAAAACAAAGGACAAGGCAUUAAUGUUAGUACAAGGCUUUUCUAUAACAAUCAGUCUGAUUUCUUUUUUAAAAAAUUCAUUGAGAAUGAAACACAUUAUUGUUUUAUAGUUGUUUAUCUAAUUCACGUAUAA